GUCCCGAGUAGUCUUGAAGGUUCCUUCCCACCCGUUGUGUUCCCGACACCUGAUGAGAGCGAGUCAACCACGAGGAGGUGGAAGGUCCUUCCUGACAUCUGGCCAACUCUCGCGGAGCAGUAUGGCGACAAGAUUGCUCUUUUCGAUCCGCAUCACGGACAAAAACGAGGCUUGACGUUUUCAGAGCUCGAGAGUGCAAUUUAUGAUUUCGGUGAAGGUCUGCGCGUCUAUGGGCUGAAGCAAGGAGAGUGCGCCUCGCUGUUUGCUGAGAACUCGCACCGAUGGCUUAUCGCCGAUCAAGGCGUGAUGGACAUUGGUGCUCGUGAUGCUGUUCGAGGAGCGAAGUCCUCAGGAGCGGAAUUAUUUCACAUUUUGGAAAACUCAGACAG